AAGAACAAAGAUAACCUCACAAUCUUGAAUUCAAUCUUCUUAUCACUUUUGGUAAUAUUUGUUAUAGAACUACAUAACUUCUGCAACAAUAUAUUAAAUAAACAAAAAAAUUCUAAGUAACGAAAAAUUCGCCCUGACUUUAUUGAGGUCACGGGAAAGAAUAGAAGAACAAGAAGAAUAGAAAAAAAAGUGACAAUUGCGUUUAAAAAGCAGCUAAAAAUACAGUAUUGCAGGAGGUGAAAUCGGUGAAAUGACAGCUGAAAUAAAACCCGUACCGGGAGUAACUCAGGAUAGAUUCAGUACGAAUCGAAAACCAAUUCUUUUGUCAAAAUUAGAAGGUUGCAAUGAUGAUGUUAAUGCGGCGAUUAUUAUACCGCGGGAAGACGGUGUCAUCAGUGUUUGCGAUGACAGAACCGUGAGAGUUUGGUUGAAACGUGACUCGGGCCAGUACUGGCCGAGCAUUUGCCAAUAUAUGUUAGCAGGAACAACAGCAAUGGAUUAUUGCGCAGAGACGAGACAAUUAUUUGUAGGAUUAGAAAACGGCUGUAUAAAUGAGUUCAUAAUAGAGCCGGAUUAUAACCGAAUGACACACAUGAAGGAAUUUCUCGCACAUCAAGCACGAGUGACGGGUGUUAUAUUCGCCUUGAGCUGCGAAUGGAUCCUGAGUAUUGGACGAGAUAAAACUUUUCAGUUUCAUUGUGCAGAAACUAAUCGAAAACUUGGAUCUCAUCUGGGAGAUGCUUGGUACAUUGCGUUACAAUUUGAUGCUGAGUCAAAACACGCAUUUGUCGGCGAUUAUUCCGGGCAAAUAAAUAUGUUAAAACUCGAUACAAAUGGAGUGAGUUUCAUCACGACUUUGAAGGCCCAUUCUGGUAGUAUUCGAUCGUUAGCAUGGGAUUCAGAGAAACAGUUACUUUUCUCAGGAAGCUUCGAUCAAAAUAUCGUCGUCUGGGAUAUUGGUGGUAAGCAGGGAAAUGCUUACGAAUUGCAAGGUCAUCACAAUAAAGUAACGGCCCUGUGCUACUCAAAUGGUGAUCAAACAUUGCUCUCGGGUGGAGAAGACGGAGUUAUUGUUUGUUGGGACAUGGGAGCGGCGAGGAAAGAAACCGCCGUUUGGAUUGAGUCGGACACAUGUCAAGCCUGUGGACGACCAUUCUUUUGGAAUAUUAAGGCGAUGAUGGAUCAACGUCAACUCGGCCUGAGACAACAUCAUUGUCGUCAUUGUGGAAAAGCUCUUUGUGCACGAUGCACAUCACAUCGUAUUCCAAUUCCCAUUAUGGGUUUUGAAUUCGAGGUUCGGGUCUGCGAUCCAUGUCACAUUCACAUUAAAGAUUCAAAUCAAACUUCCUUGGCAUCAUUUCAUGACGCAAAACACAGCAUCGUUGGAAUGGAUUUAGACGCUGGACGUCGAAGAUUACUGACAAUUGGUCAGGAUCGAAUUAUUAAAAUUUGGGACAUUACUGCUCUUCUUCAGUAAGUAUUUAAAUAUUCAAUUUCUCAUUAACGUCGAAAACUCGAAUUAUAAUCAAACACUUCCAAGGAACGAAUUAUUAUAAUUCUGUUCGAUUUUAAAAGGCAAAAAACUAUUGCACAUCAUUUUUAUCCAGAAAAUUAAUUUUCAAAAACAAGUAAAAAUAUUUAACGACUAAAUUAAAAAGAAGGAAAAACGAAAAAUUUUACUUAUCUAAUUUAUAAUUCAAUUUGUUUUUAUUCGGAAAGAAAAAUAAGAUAAGUUUUUCGGUUUUAUCGAAUUUAGUCCUAACUUCUUUAUUGCCAUAUGAAAUUAAUAAUUUAUAUUAUUGAACACUCAAUAAUAAUAUUGUGGUGUAAUUAAAGUAAUUAAGAGGAAAAAACAGAUUCUGAUUGUAUAGAGGAAAUAUAACAGUUUUAAAAGUACUGUUAUUUCCUGCUUGUAAAUUUUUUACAGAUAUAUUGAUAAUAUGAGAAAAAUAAUUAUAACACACGUGUAACUUUUAUCAAAAAUUGAAAAUGAUGUACUAAGGAAAAAUUGUAUAUUAAGUGAUAUAUUUACCUUCUAUAUUAUAGCAAUUGUAUGCGAUGGCUGUUACUGUUAAAAAAAUGGCAUUGUUUAAUUUUU